AUGGGUAAAGGACACGAUCUUGAAGGUGAAUGUGAUCAAAAAUGAAUUGUAGGCUUUUUCUAUAUCUUAAAUACCCAAGUAGGAAUAGGGGUCUUAAGUCUCCCAUGAGCCUAUUCAAAAGCAGGCUGAUCAAUAGGUAUUUUAUCAGCUUUUAUCGUUUAUAUUUAUUCCUCUUUACUCGUUUUUCAAGUAUUACAAACAUUAAGUCGCAUGAGUGUUCUCUAUGAGCUAAAAGACCGUGGAUAUAUAAUUAAACCAUUAAAGCCAAACCAAUUAUACAAUUAAAUAUAAAUUACCUAAAAAAAAGCCAUAUUUUAUAUAAAAUUCCGAUUUAACUUAUAUAGAAUAACUAAAAAAGUAAACCCUAAAGACUUUUUAAUUCCUCCUCAAGAAAAUGCAGAAGAGCAAUAUCUUAUAGAGCCUGAAGACCUAUUACCUUAUAUAGACAAUAAACGCUAUGAUUUUUGUGAAAUCGUAAUAACUUUAUUUGGAUACAGAAUUGGCGUCCUUUUUACAGUUAUCAUAUUUCUCGGCUUUUAUGGGACACUUAUCGGCCUCGCCACAGUAUUUGCCUCUUCCGCAAUAAAAUAUUUGCCGAUUUAUCAUGAUACCUGCAAUAUUUAUGAUGACUCAGAUUUCGAUGGCGACUGCAGGGCAAAGUAUUGGAUUUUUUUAGCAUUUUUUGCUGCGGUGACUACAUCUUUGACAGUUUUAGGUCUAGUUAAGCAAGCAGUGCUACAGAUCGCCAUGUGUUCUAUAAGAUUAAUAGCUUAUAUUACUAUAUUAGUAACGUCAUGGUAUGCAAUUUUUUCUGACACAAAAUUAGAUGACACAGGCGCCAAUGAAGCUGAUCCUGAUACUAUGGACUUUUAUUAUAUUGGGCUUUGCUUUCCGAUAGUUCUUAUGUCGACGUAUUUUCAUAGCGCUAUUCCGACGUGUAUACAGUAUGUUAAGGAUAAACGAGAAACAGCUCCUAAGAUAUGCUUUUUGUCGCUGUCUAUAGUGUCAUUAUUAUUUUUGUGUAUUGGAUUAUUGGUAGAUAUGUUUUUAAACAAUUUUUUUUUAUUUUAAAGAAAAAAUAUAAUUUAAAUUACAUAAGUUUUGUUUUUCCCAAAAAUGGAUUAAUUGUACCUUUUGCUGUUGAAAAUGUAGAGAAAAUGAUCAACCUAAAUUGGUAUGACUAUUCCGCUGGAGAUAACCCAUCAGAAAGGCCUACGUGGGCUUAUAUUAUAGCUGGAUUUAUCGUUAUAUGCCCAGCUAUUGAUGCUAUGUCAAUUUUUCCAAUUUGCGCAAUAAAUUUGUGUGAUAAUCUUACAAGCGUUUUUCACAGCCACUUUGGGGAAAGAGAGCUUACAUGUCGACAAUUGACAUUUUAUAGGCUAAUUUGUUCCCUUCCACCUGUUGUAAUUGCAGGGAUUUUUUAUGAUUUAAGCUAUAUUUCAGCAUUCAAAGGGAUUAUAUCGAUUUUGGUGUCUGGAAUUUUUAUCCCGCUUUCAGCGAUUGCAACGAGAAAAUUGGUACCAAAUCAAGGAGGCUAUGAUACGAAAUUUAAUGAUGUAAAAACUGCUUGGGGAACGUUGGUAUUUAGUGUUGCUGCUGUAUCUGCAAUUUUGGUGCUCAUUAUCAUUUAUUUGUCUUUGGGAGACAUAUAA